AGCGGAACGUCCCUGAGCGCGGAGUAGAGGAGAGUACACGGUGAUCAACUCUUUAGGAGGAGAUAGUGCUUAUUUUUUCCUCUCCGCUCUAACAACAAAUAAAAUUUGAUUUUGUUCAGAGGGUCGUCUAACUACAGCAAUCGAAACGUGGGAGGAACGAAGGAUUUGAUCUGCAAGUUUUUCUUUAAGAUUUGUUUUCUUUUCAUAAAAAAGGAUUCUGUUGGAGGCUCGCUCGCACUCUAGACGCAAAGAUGAUGGUCGGAGAGAUCGAAGUGAAGGAGAGACCGAGGCCGAGUCCCGACUAUUUGAUGCAAUUGUUAAAUGAAAAGAAGCUGAUGACCAGUUUGCCAAAUCUGUGCGGUAUCUUUACACACCUUGAGCGGCUUCUCGAUGAAGAGAUCAACAGAGUAAGGAAAGACAUGUACAACGACACAGCGAACGGCCCCGGAGACAAACACCCUCUGGAAUUACCCGAGGCCCUGGGGCCAAUCAUUCAUCUGCAGGAGAAGCUCUUUGUGCCUCUAAAAGAGUACCCUGACUAUAACUUUGUGGGCAGAAUCCUGGGGCCUCGUGGACUCACCGCCAAGCAGCUGGAAGCAGAAACUGGAUGCAAAAUAAUGGUGCGAGGCAAGAGCUCCAUGAGAGACAGAAAGAAGGAGGAGCAGAACAGAGGCAAGCCCAACUGGGAACAUCUGAACGAGGAGCUGCACGUCCUGAUCACGGUGGAGGACACACAGACGCGCUCCGAGAUGAAGAUGAAGAGAGCCUUAGAGGAGGUCAAGAAGCUCCUGGUGCCUGCGGCGGAAGGCGAGGAUAAUCUGAAGAAGAUGCAGCUGAUGGAGCUGGCCAUUCUCAACGGGACGUACCGAGACACCAACAUCAAGACACACCCCCUUGCGUUCUCUCUUGCAGCGGCGGCUGCCGCCGCUCAGGGCCCCCGUCUAAUGCAGGCCCCUCAGGGGCAGUUGAUGGCCCCCCAUCAGCAAAUGAGGCCCCCCACACCGGCAGGGCCCCCCAUCAUGAACAUCAUCCGACAACCCCAAAUGCAGGGCAUGUUACCCAACGGCACCCCAACCCUGGUGCCUCCCUCGCCGGAAGGCGGUAUCCUCUACGCCUCCCCGUACGACUACCCGUACGCCCUGGCGCCCACCUCCCUGCUGGAGUACCCCAUCGACCACAGUGGGGUUCUAGGUAAGCGACCCUGGGGCCUGGGCGGCGGCCCCUUUAGCCCCGGACAGGAGGGCAGCUUGUUUUACCCUGGGUUUUUGGACGCGGCUUCGAUGAGCCACGGUCAGGACUUGUUGAAAGGUGCAAUGGCUACCAAAGUGAGACGGUAUGACUCGCGGGUCCAUCCUUACCAAAGGACAGUGACCGCAGACAGAGCCGCCACCGGCAACUAACACAUGACCUUCUGACCUCUGAACUCUUCACCCAAUGACGAGCCGCCCCAAGCCUGCCUGCUGAUCAGUUAACUGGUAAUUGCCUUUUGCUAGCCUCUCGGACGCAGUGAGAGAGAGGUGCCUGCCCGUACAGUUACCCUAACAUGUUUUUGAUUUUAAAAGAACAUUACAAAAAAAAAACUAUCUCAUAGAAACACAUCAAACCAAGUUAUUUCUUUUUCAUUUUUUUUCUGUUCAUUGAGUUGAAUUCCCAUUCUCUUUCUUUUUCUUCAUGAAUCACAAACUGGGUGGAUGUGUGUGUGUAUUGUUACUAAUGAAUCUGCACUGAAUAUAUAUAUAUAUAUAUAUCUCAAUAAAGAUCCCAGCCUCCCUGUCAACCACCCCAUACCUGCUCUGAUUCGGUGACCUCACUAAUAAUCACUGAACAAUGGUAAACGAGAACUGAACCCCCCAAUGUGCAAUGCCAAGUCUCUCGUUCCCUUAACCUCACCCACCCCAUUCCACACCACCUUGUGGGCAGUUUGAAUGGAAAUGAAGUAGAAGGAAAGAGAAGGUACACUCACACCAACUGUCAUGUUCACAUGUAGUCCUGCAUUAUGAACAUCUGAGACAAUGAUGUGCCGACACAUUCUGGGUGGGCCCUCCACGGCUGUCUGUUAAAAGCAUGGCUAAAUUGACUGCAAAUGGAGCUUAUUAUCAUUUGUUUUUAUGUUAUGUUUUCCUUUGGUUUUACUUAAUUUUUGUUUUCUCGUUAAUACAUUCUUUCUAAUUAGCUCUGUUGUGAAGGACUAGCCAAACAAAGCAGGUUCUAAGAACUCAAAAGGUAACUUUUGAAGUGGCAGGCCUAUGAUGGGCAGUUAGCGGAAGCUAGGAGGGGUGCUGGGGCAGGGUGGGAUGGGGAAGAAUUAGGAUGAGGAGCGGUGUUUCUGUUACUAAAAUGAAAGUAGGAUGGGUUGAGGGCAGAGUGGAUAUAUAGUCAACUAGCUACUGAACUUAACUAUGCUCCCUCCACACUGUGUCCAAGUAUACAGUGCCUGAUGUAUUUAGAGAAAUUAUGCGAGCUGUGAUCUAAAAGACAAAAAAUAGUAUUGUGUGCAUAUUUAGCCAAAGGGUUUCCAGUUGAAUUAUAUCUUUAUAGAUAUGUAUCUAACCGCAGAGGGCUCUCUGUAAUUUUAGCGUUUAUAAGGGUGGGAUUUCAUGCCUGCUUAGGUAAAACUCUAGUUUCCCAUGAAGAGAAAGGUGAUUAACACUAAAUAGGGUUUUCGGGGGGGGGGGACCCUGAUAGUGAAGUUUUGUACAUAUAUAUUUCAUUUUUUCUAAUUUUUUUGAUUUUGCCUUUUUGUUUUUGGUUGUAUCUACACCCCUGGCAAAAGUGCAUUCUCAUUUUGCGUUUCAGCGUUUGGCCAAUUCUCUGCUAGUGUUUUUCGUAGUUUUUCUUUUAAUCUCUUUUCAAUUUGAUACCGAUCAAGUCAUCAUGGGGGAUGGGAUACUUGCCCUCAUGCAAAUAAGCCUAUUUGAAUGUAAAUUAUUUUCGGGGUAAAUUUAUUUAUUUUUAACCCUCACCAUACCAUUUUGAAGUCCCCAAAUUAGCGCAUCCACAAUGUGUCUCCAUAAAGGUAUAGUCCAGCUCCUGAGCCCAUGACCGUUUCUUUAACUCUUUCUCAAUAACUAAAAUAGGAUGUGAAAGCCAUGCCUGCCUGUUCAAAUUGCUUUAUACAUACCUGUGUAUGUAUGUAUAUAUAUCACACACACACACACACACACACACACACACACACAGAUAAAUGUAGUUACCUGUCAUUGCAUAUGAAAGAAACAGAGGAGAACAAAAUUAAAUACUUUUACAGGGUGCUGGAGAAGAAAACAUAUAUUUUUGGCAAUUUUAGCUUUUUAUACUUAACUUGCAGUUACAAAAUAUGAAAAAAAAGUUUGAAAAAUAGUAUACAUAAAAAGGACAAAUGUGGGGAAGAUGCUGUGUUACUUUGGCUAGGAAAAUAAAGGCCAAAAUAGUCAUACCUAGGAAUGUUGCAAGUGUUAACAAGAGAGGGAGAGACAUUCAGAUACGUUUUUUUUUUUUUUUUAAAGUUAGAAGUGCCUUAUCGACGGUUGUUUCUUUUUCCGAGUGUUAACAUUCUGUUGAAUAAUAUCCAGCAUCAACUAGGAAGGUGCAGAGAGGAACGGCUUCUGUAUGCGCUCAUAAGAGUUGAGCAGGGUAGCUCCGUCAUUAUUGCUGAGCUACUGAAGUUAUUCUAUGCAAAAAGAAUAGCAGUCGUAUGACCAGCUAAAAUAUGUGCCAUGGUUCGUCUUCCCAAGUAUAAGUUGAGCUUUUUCUUUUUGACCUUCGACCCUUUUAUCUGCCAUUGGAACAAGUUUUAUUUCUUAUUUCUCUGCGUUUUGAUUUAGCGUAUUAUAGCCCUGUUUUCUUGAUUUCUCGUUACUGUGAUUAUUCUGCAAAGAACAAACUGCCAAUAGCAAUGCAGAAGUCUGCCAGGACAUUUUAGUAAUGAGUGGAUAAAUAAAUGGAAUAUAAAAUUAGAUGAAGAGGGGAAGGGACGUUUGCGUGUGUACCUCUGUUUCAAAAUCUGCAAACUGAAACAUCCACUCUGCCAAUGCUUUCUCAC